GCAAAAGGCGGCAUUUUUGUUGUUGUCAGAUUCAUCGCGCGAAACAUGUUGAUUUUAUUGAACUUGGUGUAGCUUUGCGAAAUUUUUAAAUUCGUGGAUAAAUAGUUGGCUCGCAAUGGUUUAACUUCUUGAAAACCAUGAGUGACAACCUCGAUCUAGAGGAGCAGAGGCUCCUCCGACGCAAGAAAAAAUCCUCGGAAGCUGGCAAUUUACAACAGCUGGCAGAAACAUGUCGCAAACUGGGAGACCUGUACUGCGACCGUGGCGAACAUCUGAAAGCCCUGAACGAGUACAAAUUGGUGGCGAAAGCCUUCCAUAACCUGAAGAUGCCGAUGGAUGUGGGUCGGGCAAAUCGUUUAGUUGGAGAGAUGUUCAUGUUGCUGGAUGAGUUCGAGAAGGCUCUUCAGUACGAGAAGGUCUACCUCGACAUUGCACGGAAUGAAAACGACAAGGUUGAACUGCAGAGAGCUUAUGUUACGAUCGGGAGGACUUAUCUACUGAAAGGCCAGGGUAGCGAUGAUCCGGUUGUGUCAAAAGAAUCGCUGUCUGAAGCUGAAAGGUCCUUCGUGAAAGGCUUGAAGCUGUGCCGUGAACUGAAGGAGGUCGGUAAACUGGAGCAAUCCGAUAUGGAGGCAAGAGCUAUCCUGAAUCUCGGUGUGACAAAAGAACACCAGGGAGAGUUAAACGAAGCAGUCGAGUACAUGGAAAAGGCUACAAAAAUUGCACAAAGCAAUGAUAUUCUGGAUUUGGUGCAUUUGUGUUUGAUGGCCACUGCACAGCUGUUCAGUGGAAAAUUGAACAAUUCGGCCAAAGCACUGAAGCUGCUCAACGAAGCUUUAGAAGUAGCAUCUAGGCUUAGCAAUAAAACAGCAAAAAUGUGCGAGACGCUAUCGGCAAAGGCGGAUGCAAUCAUCAAAUUAGGGGAUUUUCAGAGUGCUAAAAAAGCUCUUAAAACGGCCUACAAUAUGAGAUCGCCUGUUGCGGCAGAUGCUGAAAACAUUGAACGCAAUUUGAAGAUCCUGGUGGCAAUAAAGCGAGUUGAGGACGAACUGAUUAUAGUCGACAGCAUGGAUUUUGCAAAGAAAAAGCUUCUGAACGAAACGUUGGGCGAUGCUUCAUGCAAACUGUACAAUUAUGGCAAAGCGAUCGACUACUACUUGAAAAUGUUGGACUGCGCUGAACGAAACGGGGAAAGCGGGCGGCAAUUGGUGCCGAUCUAUGUGAGCCUCUACCAGACCUACAAAGACAACAAACAGUACAAGGAAGCACUCCAAUUUUUGUGGAAGGAAUACGAUCUAAUACAGGAUGAGCCAAAGGAGGCUUAUAACACACUUCUGAGUAUUAGUGAGAUUUAUGAAAUGCAGAAACGAUCCUGCUUUGAAAUUGAAGACAUGUACCGUCGAGUGCGGUUGGAAGCGCAAAAACUGCAAUCACUGUCUUUGCAACGUGCUCCUUUGAAGCGAUGCGUUGCUAUGCUGAAGAAAAAUGACAUGGACCUCAUGGCGGAGAACCUGGAAAAGGAAGCAGCUGAUCUGGGUAUUGAUCUUACACUAGCAGACGAUGCCAACUUAACUGACGACUCUGAUGAUGAACACGAUGAAAGCACUAUCGACACUCCCGACAUUGGAAACGAUGUGAAUUUGGAUGAGCUCAGCGAUUCGGAUGAAGAUCAACCAAGGUCAAACAAUCAAGCAGAAAAACAGACAGAUUCGAGAUCAACUCGAAGGCGCGGUUUGUCUUUUCAAAUAAAACGCAACAAUAAGGGAGAAACGCAACUGCAUCAGGCUUGUAUCAACGGGAAUAAGUUGUUGGUUCAAAAACUUCUAGAGCAAGGUCACCCGGUGAACCUCCGAGAUCACGCAGGAUGGCUUCCAUUGCACGAAGCGUGCAAUAAAGGUGAAAAGGAUAUUGUCGAAAUGCUUUUGGAUAAAGGUGCUCAUAUCAACGAUAAAGGUGGUACUAGUUGUGAUGGGAUUACUCCGCUGUAUGAUGCUUGCUCAAACGGAAACUUGGAAGUAAUCGAACUUUUAUUGGAUCGAGGGGCAAAUUGUUUACUCCGCACCGACUCCGGUGACACAACCCUGAAUGUUUUGGAAAUAUGGUUUGAAUCGGUCCGGAAAAAACUUCCGAGCGAAAGCAUAGUGUUUUACAACGCCAUUCGUGAUCGCAUCGUUAGCUGUUUCGAUAAGGUUGGCAUCAAACCAACAUCAGGUAGAACUAUUCCUGACUCCAUAGAAAUGAAUAUAGAAACAACUCGCUCAACACGGCGACAACCAAAUCGGGUGAUUCGUCCGGAUUCCGAUUCCGAAAUACUUUCUGUUCCCUCGCAAAGCACUUCAAAGACGCCAAUUCGCAAGCGACCACCCAAAAAUCGAUUGGAUUCAUCCGACGAGGAGCAAGAAAAUGGUCAAGGUCGCUCCUUCCGGGAAAGAGCCACACGUCGACAAAACGACGUCGUCGACGACUACCGUAGUACCAUUCAAGUAUUGCGGAAGGGAAACACGGUGCGGGCUCAGAUCGUAUCCCCUCUCAAAGAUCCCAAUCCAGGACCAAGUAAACGUGGCGCCUUUCUGCGCAACGAUGAAAUCGGUGACGAUUGGCUGAUCGAUGAUCUGGGCCCGAGUAAAAAACGGCAAAAAUUUCAUUCGGAAAAAGACUACGUCGAAACUUCGAAGCGAACUCCCAAACGAAACAACAAUCGUGAAAGCAGCCCACCGGCGCAAACUCCUCCCGUGUCUGCUCGGGCAGCAGUGUCAGCUGUUUUAGAUUUCGAUUCUGAAGAACCUGAACUCGUGAGCAUGCCGCCAGUCGCGCGAAACGGUCGUUCGUCUUCGGAGGAAAAAGAACCGGAUGCUUAUCAGAUUUUGAUGAAUGCUUCCGGUCGAAGCUUCAGCCGAAAACGAUCCUCGCAGUCUAAACUUUCCCGUCGGUCAUCAACCGGAAGCAAUAGUAAUCAGAUAUCACUGCUGGAAGCGGGUUUCGAGAAAUCCAAUCGUUCGGUCACUCCGCCUUUGGAGAUGGUAGUCUCAAGGGGCAGCAUCGAGCAAGCAGCACCAGAAACUCCGAGCAAAUGCACUCCGACGAAUAUCAUUCGAGUGCUCGUCGAGAGUGAGCCCAUUGAUGUGAGUUAUGAUCCAGAGCAGCUUUCAAAAUUGAGUGUGGAUUGGUUGGUCCAGCAAGUGACUAAGCGCUUCGUAAUCAAAAAUGGAAAGAAACCAAUAUUGAAGUUGCUUCGGUCGAAUGAGGAUCUGUGCCAGGAUACUGACCCUCUUACGAGUCUGCUGAGUGCCUUUGAUUCAACCGUAAACGCGUACCUGAUUGGGUUUGAAUCGUUGAAGGCAGAUGAGUUCUAUGCGGAUUGCUGCGAGGAAGCCAAUUUAGAUCCCAUAUUCGACCUUUUGGAAACUCUCAAAUAUAUGAAUAUAAACGGCCGAUUCGCAGUCAGAGGGGACAUAUUUGAAGGCCAAACCCCACAAUGGGAUAUCCUCUUCCGAGCGCUUUCCACUGAUGAUCGUCUUCAGGAUCUUAAUCUCUCACAUAACAAAAUCACCGAUACCAUGCUUGUUGAUCUCGGCAGGAGGCUGCCCAACAUUAAUCACUUAAUGACACUAAACUUAUCGUUGAACGCAAUCACUUACAACGGAUUGUACUUCUUGCAAGCGCUGAACGACCAAUCGCGGUUAACUGAGCUGGACCUCAGUAGAAAUCCGCUUCAGGACUCAUGCUUAUCUGUGCUGAGCCCACUGACACGGCAGCUUAAGCAGUUGAAAAUUCUUCGGCUAGUAUCCACAGCCAUCAGGAACCUCACUUUCUCGACUCCACCUGUCGACAUCGCUAACCUCCAUGUGUUCGACGUAUCGGAAAACAAACUCAACAAGUCGUCCAUCGAGUUUCUUUUGACCAAGCUGAACACAAGGAUCACCACCGAGCUAAACCUCAGGGCAUUGGGCUUGCUGCCGGAUUUCACACCUGCCCUUAUCGUAGUAUUUAAAACCAACAACUUCGACAUGCUGCAAUCGCUGGACCUGCAAUGCUGUGACUUGACCGACUCGGAUCUAAGCGCAAUCAUGUGUUCGUUGCAAAGUACAGCUGAUAAAUUAAGAAGCCUGAACGCAUCAUUCAACCAUAGGCUCACGAAGGAGGGUUUGAUUGCAAUUUUUAAGAAUUUCACGCGUCGAUCGCUAGUGGUUAAACUAAGGCAAAAUCCUUCGAUACUAAAAGACUUCGAUGCGGAGCAAAUGUUAAGUGCUAUUGAGCACAAUCCGGACAAUUUCUACCCCACGCAGCUGGAACUGAUGCUGCCUUUGCGAAUCACGGAAGAAAAAUUAGAGGUCCUCCGGCAGCAGCUAAGGGUGUUCUGGGAGAAAUUAUGGCACGAUAGGUCCAUCAUAAUUGUAGGAAAAAACACGAUCGAAUUGUCUACAAGAAGUGAUAGUCUACUGUAGUUUUUUUAGUAUAUUUGUUUUAGUAAUUAUUGUUGUUCGGUGUGUAGACGCAUUGAUUUCAAUUUUGGAUGUAUGGGAUGGAAUGCAUAGGUUGUAAUUCUCAUAAUAUUCAUUUGAAUGAACAAUAUUAAUUCUUUUAAUAGUCGCACAAAACAAUAGAAAACAUUUUUGUAAUACAAUUGUGAAACCCGAUAGAGAAAAUGUAUUAUUGUAUAUAUUGUAAUAUUAGUAAAUCAUUCAACAUAAGUAAA